UUUUCCAUUAUAAAUGAAAUGUUGCUGUCAUGAUGGAAAACGUGGUCUCGUGCUCUUCAGAAUUCCUUUGCACCAUGAUAGGAGCAAGAAUAGUUUCAGAUUGGCUAAUUUGGUGGCCAGCAAGCACGAUGAGAAGAGGAGCGGAAAUAUGCUACUGGUAGUUCCCUCUGUUCUCAUCCCUCCACAGCAUCCGACAAGGCCGGCGGCAUCAGGUUGUAGAAGCGUCCAGCGGCGCGGCUUCUUCCUCGAAGCUGCCGUGAACCCCGGUGGUAUAUCAGGUGGGUACCCUCCCUCUCGGCUGCGGCAGAGGCUGAGACUAGCAGCAGCGGCCGCCGCCACCAACCGAGCCAUGUCGCCCACCCCGGCGGCGGCGCCCAGCGGCGACGAGUUCACGGAGGUGGUGGUGGUGCGGCAUGGGGAGACCUCCUGGAACGCCUCCUGCAUCGUCCAGGGACAAAUGGACCCAGAGCUAAAUGAGAUUGGUAGAGAGCAAGCCGUUGUGGUGGCUCAUCGGCUAUCAAAAGAAGCCAAACCAGCUGCCAUAUACUCUUCUGAUUUGAAGCGUGCUGCUGAGACUGCAGAAAUUAUAGCAAAAGUUUGUGGUGUAACAAAUUUGGUGCUGGACGAGGCACUGAGAGAAAGGCACAUGGGAUAUCUCCAAGGCUUGAAGUGGGAUGAUGCUGUAAAUAAAAAUCCAGAUGUUUUCAGAGGCUCUGACAUUUUUAAAAUUACCGCGGGCUCUGAUCCUGACAGCAGAAACCAAAAAAUACCGGGUGGUGGAGAAAGCUUGAAUCAGUUAAAUGAGCGUUGUAUCUCUUACUUGAAUAAGGUUGCCCAAGAACACACUGGGGAGAGGGUUGUGGUGGUCUCCCACGGUGCAGCCAUACUGGAGCUGUGCAGGCACACCGAUCCACCCAACAGCUCCUUUCGUAGGAACAUUCCCAACACUUCACUGAACGUUUUCCGUGUCUCUAGCGUCACUGGGUGGUGGAUCCUCGAGAGGUGUGGAGAUGUGAGCCAUCUCAACGGAAAUGGCUUUCUGGAGAACUCAUUUGGGGGCGACGGGGCCUCUGCAUAAUGCUUGCAGUGAGUUUUUGGUGGUGGACUCGGCACAAUCAUCGUCGGAGAUUUAGGCACGCUCUAUGUUGUUUUCUUUAGCCUGUGCUCUACAAAACAUAUUGCUAUUUUCUUCAUGAAUAAGACGACUCGGAUUUUGUGCUCUAGUGUCAUCAAUCUGCAACAACCUUUCAUUUUCA